UCCGUAACUGCUUCUACUAAUGGCUUGUUCUCGGGUCGUGCAACCUGGUUCACAGACAAGACCGGAUCCUGCGGCAAGCCCUUCGACACGAAUGAUAUGAUCGUCGCCAUGAAUGCUGCUCAAAUGGACGGCACUUCCCAAUGUGGCCGCCAAGUCCGUAUCACUGCCAAAGGCCAGUCUGUGGUGGCCACCGUGGUUGACACCUGUCCUUCUAGAUACUGUUCCUCGGGUUCGCUGGAUCUCUCACAGGCUGUCUUCAAGAAGUUGGCUCCUUUAGAUGUAGGCGUCAUCCAAAUCAGCUGGAGUUUUGUUUGA